AUGGGGACCAAAAAAGGCACCAGAGUCCCCGUCUCUCAAAUCUCCUCAACAGCAGCACCAUCAAUAUCCCCCUCAACCCUCUCAUCAAAUAAAUCCUCCGUCCUUCGCUCAGCAUUCUCCCCGUCCGAGUAUCAACUGGCGCUUUUCGCUUCGGUCAUCCAGGGCCUAGACUCCCAGCAUCUGCGCGUUCACGAAAUUGGCACUGGGCGUUUACAGUGCGAACAUGCUGUAAAUCCAAGGGAAGUGAUCACUUCGUUGGAUUGGGGCUCCUAUGGCGAUUCUCUGAACAGCAGAGAUCACCAUCAGCAUAUGAAGAAGAAGCGAAAGCGCAGUUCAUCUGGUGUAAAUGGCAUUGCGGAUAUAGAUGCGGAUGCGUCUGUGGGUGUGGAGAAUGUGGUGAUUGCGUUUGGAACCAGUUCUUCCGAUAUCCGCAUGUAUUCGCCGGCGGAGGAUAGGAUUGUUGGUACUCUUUCGGGUGGGCAUGAGAAGGGGAUUAGGGAUUUUAAGUUUACGGCGAAAAGCCCUGUGGCGGAGGGUUGGAGUAUUGGUGGUGAUGGGAAGCUUGUUCAGUGGGAUUUACGGACUGGCAGAAGUAUACGAGUGGUAUCUCUACCGUCAGCCUCUGUCUCCGCGCUUGCACGGCCCGUUCCUUCGAAUCCUCCUGUUCUAUGCGCAUCUCAAACGCCAUAUCUAAUGGGCCUCGAGCAGGACGGGGUCGAGGGCGUGGUUACAUUUAGUGCCAUGAAAAACUCCAUACACACACUAAUAUCCUCUUCCUCGGAUCUGGGGAAUUUCUCGGAACAAUUCCUUGCUGCAGAUUCAAACCGCUACAUCAACAUUUUCGAUAUCCGGAAGAAGAAAAUAUCAAAUACACUAGUGGCUGUGAGUGAUAUUGAAUCCUUAGCGUUCUAUUCCGCCCCCUUUCAAAAGGUCCAGGGUAAAAAAAAUGAAGAAUCUACGAGGUCGAAUCAGCUUCAAAGGCAACUUCUUGCUGUGAUUACGCAGAAUGGUGUCAUCGAGCUGUUUUCCAAACCCUUUUAUCAGCUACCACCCGUCGGGGGCGCAAAUAGCCUAAAGCCACGCGGCAAGUCAAUGACGCGCCGUGCGGAAGCUGUGAUUAAAAUUAUUAGACCUGACAAGUCUCGAACGGUAGUACCUAUCAUAUCCGUUAGUUUCCAGGGACCGGAUCUCGUUGUUGCAUGGGCGGAGGGUGGUGUUAACUUGGUGUUUGAGAAAAUACGCUGGCAAGAUGAGGUCACCCAAGAGCUGAUGUUCCAGGGGGAGAAAGAAAUCAUGCGUGAGAAGUCUGCGUCUACGCUUGGAUCUGCAAUGAUGAAUGGUGUCAAGAAUGUUGGGAGGACCCAAGUUGAUGAGUCGCAUGCGGUAGUCGAGCAAGGCGGAGUUACAGAGGGAAUCCCUGUGGAACAGAGGGAUAAUCAGAAGGACGCCAUCCCAAUACCCAGCGAUGAUGAUGACGAAGAAGAAACAUCAGAUGAAGAUGGAAGUGAAGGCAGCGAACAUGCUGAGAAGGCUCAGCCUACAUCAGAAUCCGCAACCCGCGAGCAAGAGGACACUGACAUGGUCGAUGCUGACACCGACGCCGACGCCGCAGAAAAUGGCGAACCCUCCUUCGGCGAACUCAUUCGUGCUCACGCAUCCGAACCCAUCGACGUCGAAACAGAACUCCUCGAUGACGCAGAGGCCAACACCCACGCCCUAACUUCGAAUACCAUCAAGUCCAACACGGCCCUCCAGAUCCCCUCAGGUCUCUCUCUCGCUACCGUCCUCUCCCAAUCCCUCAAGACAAACGACAACUCCCUCCUCGAAUCCUGCUUCCACACCACAGACAUGAACAUCGUCCGCGCCACCAUCCAGCGCAUGGACUCUUCGCUUGCCGCUACCUUGCUUCAGAAGUUGGCGGAACGCCUCUCGACUCGUCCCGGCCGCUAUGGCCAUCUGCUCGUCUGGGUGCAGUGGACUUGCAUCGCGCAUGGUGGGUCAAUUGCGGGGAGACCUGAUGUGCUGCGAAAGAUUACGGCGCUGUUUAAGGUUAUGGACCAGCGGUCGGCGAGUUUGCCAUCGCUUUUGCUGCUGAAGGGGAAGUUGGAUAUGCUCGAUGCGCAGCUGGGUCUUAGGCAGAAACUGCAGCAGCGGGCUGGUGGUGGUGGUGGUGGUGGCGGUGCUGGUGUGUUAGGUUCUGAGGAUGAGGAGGAUGGGGUUAUUUACGUUGAGGGGGAGGAGGACUUGGUGGAUUCUGUUGAUGAGGAGGAGGAUGGAGUAAGACUCCUUGAAGCUGCUGAUUCUACUCCUGCAAAGAAGCGUGGUGUGCGUGGUACAGAUCUCAGUGAGGGAGUGGAGGAGGAUGAAGAUAUGCCGCUGGCUACUAAUGGGGUUGCAUCUAAUGAAGAGGAAGAUGGCGACGAGGAGGGAAGUGAGGAUGAGGAAGUUGAGUUGUUCGAUGAUGAGGCGGAGGAGUCUGAGGAUGGAGAAGAGGCGGGCGAAGAAGAUGAGGAGGAGGAUGAGGAGGAGGAUGACGAGGAGGAUGAAGGAAGUAGUAUGGUUGGUUUCAUUACGGACUCUGAUGGUGAUGAACCUGUUAAUGCGGCGCCCGUUCUUCCCUCGUCGAAAAAAGGGAAAUUAAAGCUAGGUAAAUCGCUAAGGUAG